AUGGAUAGGAACGGCGCGGGGCGGUACGAGUUGGUGUACUUUAAGUACAUGAUAAAGGGAAUGCGGGACAUCCAUAGCCAGGGCAUUGUGCACCGGGAUGUGAAGCCAGAGAACAUCUUUGUGCACGGGCCACGGUUGAAGAUUGGCGACUUUGGAUUGUCUAAGUUGGUUCGACGACGUGACACGGCGCAGGCUGGGACAUUGGCGCCGCAUGGCUACUCGUUUGCGCGUUCGAUCGCGGAUUUGACGCGCACUUUUAGUUUGAAGAGCGUGAGCACAACCACACAGGGCGCCGUCAUUGGCACACCCAGUUACGCCGCUCCCGAAGGCGGUGUCGCCUGCACCGAGAAGGCAGACAUCUACUCUUGCGGCCUUGUCCUCGUCGAACUUCUCAGCCACAAGAUGACCACUGCCCAUGAACGGCACCAACUCCUCGGCCAGUACCGCGAACGUGGCAUCCUCCCCGCCUACUUCCAACACGACGCUUUCGCCGGCUGGCGCCUACUCAUCAAUCGCAUGUGCGCCCGCCUGCCCACCGACCGCCCCUCCGCCGAAACCGUGGUGCAGGUUUUGAAGCAGUGUGCUGUGAACGUGGCGGGCUCGCACUACUACGAGUUAGACAGCGCGAAAGUGCACUCCAUUUUCAAUAAGACUUGA